AACAAACAAACAAACAAACAAACAAACAACACUAACAACAACCAACACCAUGCUAAGAUCAAAACCCCGAGACGAGUCUCUGACGGGGUUACUGGGCAACAACACCAACACCCACGGUCGAACCAAGUCCAGCUCCUCUCCCAAUCGCCCCACUCGCACCAACACGGCUCCCAAGUCGUCGUCAUCCAACAAGAACCACAACAAUCAAAAAGCCACACUGAAAUUACCCACCAGCAAGGAUGCCAUGGAUCGUCCCUCGCUGGGCAGUCGUCGCACCAGUGACAAGACCAUGCUCUCCAAGACGGCAUUGGCUACCACGGCCGCGGUGGGACAAAAAGUGGGACAACGCGUGAAAAAGGGAGUGGGAGUUGCUGGCAAGGGAACCGUAAAGGCCACCAAGAUUGUCAGCAAGAAAACAACCAGAGUCGCCAAAUCCGUGGGCAACAAGACGGUCGGUGCCGUCAGCAAUCUCAAUGGAACGGCCGUCGUCAAGGGAGCCGUUGGCGCCAUUCAUCUAGCCGAAACCGGAAUCAAGGGAAUCAACAAUCUAGCCGCACGCACGCUAAAACGCAAUGAAGUCGUGGCCGCUGCGGCAUGGAAGACCCGCGUCACUUCUCCCGUCACCAAAGUGGAACUGGUCCUCGAAUGCAAGAAUCUGCGCCGCAAAGAUGCCUUUGCCGAGUGUGAUGCCUUUGCCGUCUUGUGGAAGGUACCCAAUGGAUAUGGCAGUGAUGGACAGAUUGGUAAAAUGGGUGGAGACGAGUCCUAUUCCAGCCUCGGAAUGAGUGCCGGCCACAUGAGUCUGUCUUCCAUAUCAUCUGCCAACAGCAAACGCAGGAAACGACCCAGAGUGAACCGACUGCCCACCUCUUCGGAAAAGGAAGUAGGUCGGACCGAGGUGGUCCGAGGAAACCGCAAUCCACACUUUGACAAACUGUUUGUCAUUGAUUUCAAGUUCCAAGAAGAACAAACCUAUGUCAUUCGAAUCUAUGACAGAGACUUGGACUAUUGCGAAGACCUCAAGGAGCAUGACUUCCUGGGAGGAGCCGUGUUCACCAUGGGUGAACUCAUGGGAGAAGGAAGACGAGAACUGCGUCGCCCCUUGCGCUCUCACGCGACUGGCAAGGGGGACAAAUCCUUCUUGACCAUUCGAGGAAAUGAAGUGUCCAGCGCUCGGUCCGUCAUGGAGUUUCGCUUUUCCGCCAUUGGACUGCGAGAGAAUGACAAGGGUGUCAUUGAAAAGGAAGAUGAUCCCUACUUUCAAAUCCUCAAACUCAACCAAGAAGACCAGUCAUGGGAUGCCGUUUACAAAUCCGAAGUGCUCAUGCGCACCGAUGCUCCCACGUGGGCCAAGGCUCGUUUGCCGUUGCCGGUGCUUUGCAACGAUGACAUGGCCAAUCCGCUCCGGAUUACCUUUUGGGACUGGAGACGGUCGGAACAAGCAGAAGCUCUGGGUUUUGUUGAAACCACCGUCCAGGAACUGGUGGAAGGAGCGGAACGGGGCAUUCCAGUGAUGGACAUUCGACGAGAACACAAGCGACUCUUUCGACGCGACAAGAUCAAAAAGAAGGGGAGCCUCAAAGUGCUGCGUUCCGAGCUUCAGCCCGUUCCGACCAUGAUGGAGUACAUCUAUGGUGGCUGUAAGAUUGACUUGAUGGUUGCCGUUGACUGCUCCAUCCACAACGACGACCCAGAAGUGGAAGGAGGUCUCCACCACCGACCGGGGCCACACUGGCUGAAUGAUUAUGAAGCAGCAAUCCACAAGGUUGGAGCCAUUAUGGAACCCUAUUCAAAUGACAAGGAAUUCAGUAUCUGGGGGUUUGGUGGAGACAUUCGAGGAGAAGCAGUGUCGCUAUUUCCCGUGGGAGACGCGGAUGGCACCGUACAUGGCGCCAGUGGCCUGUUGGACGCUUACGAUACCACCUUUACUAGCAAUCCGCUGUACAUGGAACCCGCCGACGAUGCCAACAUUGCACCUGUCAUUCAGUCCGCAAUGUACCGUGCCAUCAAAAAGUCAGAGCAGGAACACUGUUACAGUGUCUUGUGCAUUCUGACGGCGGGCAACAUUGGUGAUGACCUGCGGGAUACGAUUGACACUAUCUGUACGGCUGCAGAGGACGCGCCACUCUCGAUUGUGAUUAUAGGAGUUGGUGAAAACGAGGAGGCAUUCACUACAAUCAGAAAAGUUAUAGCGAACGGAGGAAAGCUGCGACACUCGAAUGGUGUGCCCAUUUCACGCGACAUUGUCAGUUUUGCUUCCUUUGAUGAUUUUGAAGGCAACGCCAGCAAUGUUGCGGCGGAAGGUCUCAAAGAACUUCCAGAACAGUUUGUGGAAUACUUCACAGACAACGGGAUCCAGCCACGACCACCUGUCACAGCCUCGUCAAUCGAGAAGGAGUCUGCUGCCAUGAAAGACGAUAGCCGAAGCACUAUGGGAGGCAGCAGCCGAAGGCGCAAUGGGGACCGAAGUGACCGACGAAGCCCCCGGGGCACUCGGAGACGUACACGGUCACGGUCACCCAAGAAGAGCGGCAAAGCACGAGGCGCUGGAAGUUGAGCGCAGAGCUUGCCUCGGUCUUCCCAAAGGUUUCAUAGGAGUUGCCAAUGUGCUACUAGUGAACCGUCAAACUUAUAGACCAUUGAAACAACUACAUGUACUACUAGUCAGAUGGCAGGUUUCGCGAUGGACGGGCUGGAUCAGGGCAGGGUACCGGUACGAAGGACCCUAUUGAGUUCACAGCUGUUGCAGCCUUGCAACGGGCGCCAAUGGUCUCUGGACCAUCAGACACCGCCUGACAGUGACCCGCCACAGAAAUCUUUACUAGAGGGCAAUCUGUGAUCACACUGCAGAUGAUGUGGCUAGCGCGCCUUGAAUAUUGGGGAAGUGCUAGCUAGCUAGGCCAGCUUCUGCUGGCGAGCUGGCCAACAAGCUGACCUCCGCCUUGCUGCAACCGUACUGGAAGAAGGUCAAAAGCUUCUUGGAGGUCCCACACAAAUCCGACUAGUGUCAAAUCACCUACCACAAGACCACGGGCCACUGUUCUGGUCAUUGCUUUGAUUCGAUUCGGACUUCUAUCAUACUGUAGAGUUGGGUAUAUGCUAAAAGACUUGGAGUUUGAAGACGGACAACCUCUCAACUAAGCAAGCACUGGGCAUCAUUGGAUCACUAGACAGACAAAUAAUCAUAACGGUGAUUGGUACAUGUACAAAAAGGGAAUGUUGUAGCUGCUGGAGGAAGGCGGCUACGGGUUGGGAAGGCCACUAAGGUACCCAACCAUGUUGGAAAGAGUUUGCUUGUUCGCAUUAUUUGCUUGGUGGAUUGACUACUAGGAGACCAGAGUUGCUACUACAGUGUGAAGCGGUGCAAGAGGCGACAGCUCGAUCUCGGAAGUAGGGCGUCAGUGGCAGCCAUCUGCAGUGACAAGCAACCAUUGGUUUUGAAGUCAGAUGGACCUCUUUCCUUCCUUGCAAGCUCUGGGUUUGUAUUGAAGACUCCGCCGGCCUCCGAAGAUACUGCAAAGCUACGGUUUUCACUGGGCCAUCAUUGAGCACCAACGACGCGGGGAGGGUUGUUGAAUACUUUCUUGUCCUGGGCGAUUGCAGCUGUUCAUUUCAAGGGCACCGGUAUCCGAGGGCUGCCAAGGAUACUCACACCAAAUGUAAUGGAUGAAGCAGAAAGACCGUGCCCCCAAAGCCAGGUCAUGGCAUCUUUCGAUACCAGUACCAAUCCACCAAAGUUCGAACUUCCACAGGUGCCUCGCCGGCACUCCAAAUCAAGCAAAUGCUCCUCCAACAGCAUCUGGAUGCUCUGAUCUGCAACAUACGUCGUCGGUGUUUCCACAAGCAUCGUCGAGUGGAUCAUAGUAAUAAAAGUAGUAUACUGGAGUGGCAACAAAGAGAAUGGCCCAUACGGUCACCAAGAGAAUCACCAACAGAGGCGGAAGAAUGGGAAGAACUAGGAGGCCUGCCGUGGUGAUAUAGAGGGGAUGAAAGAUCCUGCGAUCUACCUUUGGUUUGGAUGGUUUAUGAUCGGCAAAGGAAAUAUAAUCCACUCGAAUGUGCGCUACACCUCUGUCGUUGUCGCCGUCUUGCACAACGGAUUCAUCACCACCAGCAUCAUCUUUCUUGGCGUUGUCAUUCCCUGUAGUUUUGAGGGUUUGCUUGGCAUCAACCAUGGUUUCACAAACAGGUAACUGUUUCUCGACAGCUUGCUAACAGCAGCUACUACUGCAGCCGACCAAACAAUGAGAUACAUGACCCUGUAGUGAUCACUGCUAUUGAAUACAGUAGUACAUCAUUGACCUCUGCUGAAGGUCUCCUUGCUUUCUUUGCCCGCCAUUAUAAAAAUGACGGGGCUGGAGUGAGGAGGGAAAGUUGCCACAGACACGUGGAUUGCCACCCCGGCUCAAGCGUUGUCUGUUGAGCUACGGUAAAUAAGCCAUAUAAGCUGUCAAAAGUCGAGGAUUUGGGAGUCUCAGUCUCGAAUGAUGGAGACCUUCAACCAAACUGGCUUUGAUCAACAGUGGCCAGCAAAUGCACCACGAGAAGAUCUACCUGACAACCAAAAUCUUCCUGUUUGUAUUUUCGAAGCCAGGCAGUGGACAAAUCUGCCUGGACAAGUCUGCAGAAUGAAGCUUCCCCAUGAUUUCGCUGCCUUCAAUCUGACUUUUUUCACACCUGAGAUGAUUCUCUAGACAGAUUCUAUGCUAGCUGCUGUCUUUGCGGGCUACUAGUCUUUUAGAUGCCUGGUUUCUCAAGCACUUUGCUUGCCCCUAAAACAAGCCACUAAGAUUCGAGCCGCAGCAACAGCCAACCAAAGAACUUCCCCUUCACUUCAAGUGCUUGUUUGAAGGUGUAAUAAAAUAAGAUCUUGUCAUGUUGUGUUUUGGAGGAAGCAAGCUUAGUUUCGUACGUGUAGCAGGUUCUUUGUGCUUCCCUCCACUCAAAAGGACCCAUCAAGAAGUUUGCUUCAACUGCCAAAUCCAGCUACUCAAUUUUAAAAGCUACAUGUAGCUAGUGCUAGCUCCAGCCAGCCAAGAGCCCAUGAAAGCCAAGCUUCUCCACCUGGAGCCCCGCCAAACCUUUUGGUUCCGCUCAAUGUCGGAUCUUGUAGGCCCAGACAAAGAGUCAACCAAUGGGUGUGAUCGUGGCCAUCCAAAUUUCUAUUGUGAGUCUUGUAAUGGAGAAGUGAAGUGGCACGAAGAUUCCACCAUGUCUGAAACAUCACAAAAGUGCCGUGGUUCAGGACGGCAAAUGGAAAGCCAUUGAAAGCCAUCUGGCAAAGAAGCGUGUGGGUCAUCAGAACAGAACGUACAACCUGUAGGUAAAACUCCCUACACCUACGCAUCAUAGUGCGCAUACUCUACCGUCUCAAUGGUUUAAUUGUGGGAAAGUAAAAUGUCAAUCAUCACAGGUUUGAAUGGGCUAUAAACAUGCAAUAAAUGACUUAAGAUAAGGUUUUCUCAUUUAACACAAA